AUGACCAUCACGGCGAAGCGGUCGGAGCACGUGGACUUCACGAUGCCUUUCAUCGCCACGUCGAUCACCAUGAUUGUACCGCUACACGACCAACGGAGCAGCAACAAGUGGACGUGGGUCUUCCUCAAGCCGCUUCGCUAUGACCUCUGGCUCGUCAGCGCCGCCUUCUUCAUCUUCACCGGUUUCGUGGUCUGGGCCAUCGAGCGCCGUGACAAUGAGAGGUUCGGCGGGACGCAGUCGAGCCAAGCGGGCACCAUGCUCUACUUUGGCUUCUCCACCCUCGUCUUCACCCACAACGAGAAGGUUAAAAGCAACCUAUCGAGGCUGGUCGUGGUAGUGUGGGUCUUCGUGGUGCUCAUCCUGCAGUCCAGCUACACCGCCAGCCUCACCUCCCUGCUCACGGUGCCGCAGAUCGGGCCAACCAUCGUGGACUACCGCACGCUGUUGCUAGGCACGGAGAAGGUGGGGAUCCUCAACAACUCCUUGACACCGCAAGUCAUAAACCAGUCUGGGCUCCCGCAGGCGGAGAGCUUUCAAGAGGCACUGUUGAACGGCAGCAUCGGCACCGUCAUUGACGAGACGCCUUACCUCAACAUCUUCCUCCAGACCUACCGGGACAACUUCACCGUGACUGGCCAACCCAACAUGACCGGCGGCUUCGCGUUCGCGUUCCCCAGGGGGUCACCGUACGUGAAAGACAUGUCGCAGGCGAUCCUGAACCUCACCGAGAGCGGCGAGAUGAACAGGAUCGAGCGCAAGUGGCUCGGCGACCAGGAUGACCACAGGUCACAGGGCGGCGGACCGUUCACGACGAACCAUCUCAACUUCAGCAGCUUCCGAAGCCUGUUUGUCAUCACCGGCGCCACCUAG